CUCCAGGCUGCAUUCACUCACUGGGUCUGCAGGCACCGAGAGCCACCUCUGAAUUCAAAGCGCAUUUGAGUCGUCUCCGCGCAGCGCCCGGACGUCGCUCUGCAGGAAUCAGCAAAGAUACGGAAAUCCGGCAACCAACCGUGCAUGUAAAAAUAAACAGUAGCCUUUAUUCUCUGAAACCAGCCAGCUGCAGACACUUUGUAGCCCUAGAGCGACUGGCCGGCUCGCUUUCCGCCAAACAUGGGGCGCAAAGAGAGAAACACACAGGAGGGAGGGAGGAGAUAAACAGAUUGAUAGAGAGAAUAGAAAGGGAAGGAGAGAGGAGGCAAAAAAAGCCCCGCGGAACCCAGAGGAGCUGCACUACAACAAAUACCUGACCUCGACCUCCUCGGACGGUGGGAAACUGGUUGUUGAAAUGGAGAUGUCGAGAUUUUCUAUCAUCCCGUCUCCUCCUCCAACACACAUGCUGCUGAGGCUCAUGAUGAUGUUUGCGUAGGAGUGUUUUAUUUUGCGGGCAGCGUUGGUAAACGCACUGUUCAAACAACUCCAGACAAGCGGUGGAUUGGAACUGUGAGUGUGGCUGGCACGUCUCUCCAGAGAUUAUAAUAGUGUUGGAGCAUUUUUUUUCUCUUCUUGUCUUUGGAUUGUUUUUUCAGGUGUCUUUUUGCGAGUGUGGAACUGGACAGAAAGUGUUUUGCAUGUGAAUGACAAUAAUGUGUGUGAAAAAGUAGUGUGGCAAAGGACGCAUCUGCUAUUUGAAUUUUUUUAAAUCUAUAACUACAGAGAGUCAGGCCCAGCGGGGGUUAUUUGGACUCAAGUCGAGCUUGUUUUGCUGAUUACUUUGCCAACAUUUGGGGCUUUUUUUCCUUUCCUAUUGGUCUUAUUAUUCAGUGACUGAGGUCGACACAAGCUACAACCAGCAGAGGUCGGGACCUGAGCUCCGAGGAGCCACCACUUCCCUAGAUGUGACCCGGUGAAUUCCUCUUAUCUCUGAAGGGUGUUGAUGGAGAGCCAUUCGAAUGACAGCCGGGACAGUGGUCAUCACUGGUGGAAUUCUAGCUACUGUUAUAUUACUCCUUAUCAUCGCAGUACUGUGCUACUGUAGGCUGCAGUACUAUUGCUGUAAGAAGGAAGAGUCCGAGUCGGAGGAGGAGGAGCCAGACUUUGCCGUUACAUCCCGCCUCCCACCGGUCCACUCCAAUCACAACAUUGUGGCGGCGACGGCCGCCGCCUCCUCCAUCCCCAAUGGCCCUGCCCUUUUCUCCACCCCUCCCAUGGCCAGGAAACUGACGCGUUCACAGACCUUCUGUCCAUCCUGUACGCACUAUGAGCUGCCUUUCUACCUCCAGCCCCCGCCUCAGCCGCAGAUCCACCAUCAACCAGAUGGGCUGAGGAACGGAGGUGACCGGAUCAGCUACCGCAGCGUCCAGCAGCAGGACCUGGACCUGCCAGUGCCUGUGAACAUUUCAAACUACCGUAAACCGAACCUGGCCCGGUCGGUCACCAUGAGGGACAUGUUCCAACGCAGCUGUAGCAUCAGCACUGAUGUUUAGCUGGGUGAGGUUGGAUCUCGGUGUAAGUUUGUGCUUCAAUGAACAGGGAUGGCCUAGGCCGGACUGAGUCAGACUGUAUUUUUGUCAUCUUGACCAGUUUAGUCCAGUCUAGUGUGGUCUGAUCUAGUCUGGUCUCCUUCUACUGGUCACCUCUUGCAGAAUGGAGGACUCAGAUGGCACUCAGGACUGGAAUUUUAAAGGUACUAUGCUCAGGUCCAGGACCUUACCUUUGGGCCACCUUAGAGUUUAAAGUAUUUUAAAAAUGUUAAAUUAUCAAAAACAUGAACUUCCUGGUUUGUUUUGUUUUGAGAAGCUCUUUUUUAACAAUCAGAAUGGAAUUUGUUUUACAAUUUGAUAAAGUUUGUGUAGCCCUAUUUCCUCUGGACUCCUCUACCCAUGGCCUGAAAGAUACACAGAUUCCCGCCAUGUCGAAAUGACAUAAUCGGCAGGGAUUUUCUCUGUCAUAGCUGCUACAAACAAAAUAUGAUUAGGAGAAGUCCAGUGUUUCCCUCUCCUAUGACGGGAUGAUCUGUCUGCUCCUCCAUCCACAGAUUAUAGAGAUUAUAAAAUAUCACUCACCAUCAGUGGAGGAAGGGGAAUGUCAUGUUUUAGCUGCCACCCACUGACAUUUCAGAUAGACUUAACUUAGGCCAUAAUAUUUUAAGACAUAAAGGGCUCACAGAAGAUGGAAAAUCCCCGCUUGUUUUCCAUAUCCUUUCAUAGAGGUCUCCAGUUUUGACGGGAGGCUGGUUUCUCUGAGCGUCUGCUGACAACGCAAAGUGUAUAUACAGUAUACUUCAGCAGACACAGACCUCUGUGUUCUAACAGGCAGGGUGGACUAGGUGCCAAAGGGGGACGGGUUCUUGCAUUUGUGUGCAUUCGUGUGACUGUGCUUGCAUGCAUGUGUGCGUGUGUGUGUGUGUAUAACUCGACCAGUUGUUAUACCAGGAUCUUAUUCCAUACGGUUAAACACAGUCUGUCACCCCUAUGUAUACCGAACCCAGUGGUGGGUUGCAAUAACAUUUUAAACAUUUAUUGUAUAGGGUGAAGUGAUUGUAUUAGUUUGCCACUUUACCUUUAAAUCCAUGACCCAACCAGAUGACGUGACAAACUCUAUUUUGUAAAUGUUUAUUUUACCGAUUAAUGCUGUAACACAGACUCAAGUUGUAGGUGGCUGUCAGAGGAGUACAAAGGUUUUACUGCAGCACUUUUAAGUAUGAUAUUCAUUUAAGUUCUUCACUCAAGUUUCAUUUCUUGGACUCUUCACUGCAUUCCUUGUGUCGUCUCUGAUUUGUUGAUAUAUGGAUUCAUGGGCUAAAGAUUAAUUCACCUUUAAAGGCACAUCUAUAAAUAUUUAACAGGCCAUAGCAUACACUCCGGUCUCUCUCUUCUCUCGACUCGUUGGACUGAGGAAUAUUUGCUCUUCCUCUGAGGUACUCAGAGAGUUCCUUCUUGGGAUUGUUUUUAUUUUCUGCGCUUGGCUGCCCAGCCUGGCUGAUUUUCUGACUGGAGGAGCAGUGGCUGAGUUUUAUGGACAUGGGACACACGUUUAAUGAAUGAAAUUAUUUACUGCUUGAUUUCAAGAAGAAAUGCUUGUGGUUGUGUGAGGGGCUCGAAGCGGAUUAGAUAGUCCCUCUUGGACCUCCCCUCCUUCUCAAAAUAGAUGGUAAAAGCUGUUGUACCUCUCUCUCUCUGUCUCUCUGUUGAUUUUAUCAGCGAUCAUGCUCAUUUAUAUUCCCAAAGGGUAAAACAGUGAGUGAUUUUGUUUUAAGUUUUUCCUCUUGUGACAUGUGCUUUCCUGCAAAUACAUUAAAACACACAUACACACACACACGCACACACAUACACACACACAUACAGUUCUCAAUGCUAUGCUUUCCUUACUUUAUAAACCGAUGUGACAGUUGCACAGGAAAUUUAGUGCCAUAAAGAACUAUGAGAGAAAUUUAUUAUAAUUAUUAUGAUUAUUAUUAUUAUUACAAGUGUAUAUUCAAAUGCAGUGUUGCUUUUUCCCUACAGUAUUUGAAUUACUUGCUUUAUUUUAUGAUCCAGCUGGUUUUUCAGACUCAGUACAGUACAGCAGAAAUGUUUCUGUCCUUGUUUCUAAUAUAUAACUAACAGACACAUUGUUGCUAAUAAAAUGGUGU